UCCAUUAUAGGACAUACAAUAUAUUUUUAGCAGCGAAAAAAUCGGGCAUAAAAAGAGUCAUUUAUGCAAGUUCUAUUCAUGCUAUAUCAGGUUAUCCUCAAGAUAUACAAGUUAGAACAACUGAUCCAGUCAAUCCAGGAGAUCUUUAUGGUGUAAGUAAAUGUUUUGGUGAAGCACUCGGGCGCUAUAUGAGUGAGCAAGAAGAACUUUCAACAAUUGCAAUACGUAUAGGUUCCUAUCUGCCUUAUUCAGUUUUAAAAGAUGAAUCAAGAAGUGCUACACUUAUGAAUAGUUGGUUAUCACAACCCGAUGCUGUUCACUUAUUCGAAAGAUGUAUUGAUGCACCACUUACUGUAAAAUUCGCAAUUGUACAUGGCCUUUCACGUAACACAUUUAAUCGAAUGGACAUUAAUUCAACGUGUGAAUUAUUGGGUUAUGAUCCACAGGACAAUUUUUUUGAAGCACACGAAAGUUUUAAACCAUUAAAUAUAACAAAUAGAUUACCUAUAUUUAGUCUUCAUGAUCGGCAACAAAAAUCUGGUCUUCGAGAUAAAUCACCAGAAUAA